UGAAGAGGAGCCUCUAACUACAUGCCGAUUAUGAAGCACUAGCACACCGCGAUGCAGACUGCGCAAGAAGAUGGUGGCCUCGAGCCCCUAGAUCCAAAAUCCAAACCAAUACAUUGCAAAACUCAGCUUCUCCUCUUUAGCAGUACGAUCAGCCAACUGAGCAUCCUGGAAGAACUGGAAGAUCUACCAGUACUACAAUAACAUACUCAGCAUGGAUAAACUCGAAGGAAAAAAUUAAGCUAAGAAAAAAGCCAACUCCCUUAUCGAAGAGACCACGGCCGGCAAGCUCAAUUGGUGUCUAAGAAGAUCAGCAGGAUGAGCAGCUCCACCGCUGAAGGAGGAAAAUCAACACUUCACUGAGGACGCUCCUUGGCAAGGCUGAGCUGGGAGGGAACACCCAUUCGGGGAAAAGUACCGCCAGAGUGAAGGUAUUUUCCCUUAUCUUGCGGUGCCUGCCUCAUCUUAAAAAAGAACCGUGAGUGGGAGAGAGCAGCUAAUUGUGUAAGUACACAGACGUUUAUUUCCCUCUGGGCGGCCGUUCGGGAGUUCUCCUCCAGCAUAAGAAAUAUUUCAGAUGUACUUGAAAUAGCUUUGUUACGAUGGUGCAAAGUAAAGUGAAAAAGUAGCCUGCUGAUAGUGAGGCACCUAUUACUCAGACAUGAGAUAGGGUACCCAAAUAGGUCCGGACCUGGGAGGAGAAUCAGUCCGAGAGCAAACAGAGCAUAAGAUACAUUAACGGGACUAAAUUACAGUAGCGCAUGCAUUGAGAGAGUAAUAAAAUGGGAUCCCAAAAUACUAAAUUAAUACAACAUGACCCAUUCGAGUGGAACCAGCCCUUACAUAAUGACAUGCGAAGGGACUAUAUGGAGAGUGCCCUAAAGUGGUUGCCCAUAUGGGUAGAUUAUUAUGGAUUCCCUCGGAAUGGGAGCUUGAGUGUGAAACUGCUUAAUAAUAUACUUAGACGUAUGGAAAACCGACCAGGGGAUUCUGGUCAGCAUAAGGUAUAGGAUAGACACCAUGGGAAUAUUAUAGCAAGUUUUAAAAUGUGGAUAACAGAAAAGAAAAAAACAAAACAAACAAACAAACUAAGCAGACUGGGAGGAGGGAUGAACCUAACUCCACUUCUCAGUGUGUGUCCUCCAGAGCCGAUCCCGAUCUCAACUCCGCUCCACCGCAACGGAAACCAGCAGCCGUGGUGCCUGAUCCAGUGGAAGCGGAACGUGCACCCGCCUAUGGACUACCUCAAGUAGGACCACACACUGGUCUCUUAGAUGAAGCCCACGCCAUAGAACGAAGGCAUCACCCUCAGAGCGGUUAACCAGGAAAUGGAUGCUGACACCUCAUUCUGACUCAGCAGACUGGCUAAAGACUAUGCCAGACAUCAUGAAGCUCAAAUUCAAAGAACAGAGCAGACAACAUUGAUCAAGCCAUGUUCACCAUGAUGCAACAAGUGGCUCCCAGGGGGAGAGGACAAGGAAGGGAGCAAGAUUCUCCAGGAGGGAGAGACAUGUCAUGGAGAAAUCUAUGUUAAAAUUGUGGAAAAGAAGGACAUUUUUUCAGAGACUGUCCAGACCCAGAUGGCCAAGCUGCGAGAAACAAUCUGGAAGAGGUGGACUGACAGGCGGAGGAGAGGCAGGACGGCUGUGAGGGACCACUAACCCCAUCAGAAAAGGGAAGUGCCAGAAUUUUAUUCUAUGUAUUCUCAGCAAUUAAGUAAGGGACCCCUAGCAUUACCCCAAGUAAUCUUAACUGUUAAUGUCAAACAAUUGAAGUUUUUAGUAGAUAGCGGUGCAACGCACUCAGUAAUUCAAGCCAAAGGGUUUAAUGUACCAAUUACUAAUAGGACGGUGUCCAUAAUGGGUGCAAGUGGAAAGGUGGUGCAUGAAAGAAUGUCUGCGCCUCUCCAAUGUCAGGUGGGGGAAUGAAAGUUUUGACAUGGGUUCCUUAUUUCCUCUGUGUGCCCGAUCAACCUGAUGGCUCGAGAUUUGAUGUGCAAAUUGAGUUGAACUUUAGUAAGCUCCCCAAAGGGACUCAGUGUUACCUUCGCGGAAGGCAAAGCCAGUGCACAGAUGGUGCAGCUGGGAGAGGGGGAGCCGGGAUAUAUCUACGAGUAGGCGUUGCAAGGUGGGGCAGGGAAAAUAACCGAACACAUGAUCGAAACUGCCAGAAGGGCAACUAAGGGAAGAAUUAACUAUAUGAAUGCUGAAUGUUUGUAUGUGACUGCAUAUAUUUCCGAUGGUCCAGACGAGCAGUACGUGGAAGCUUUUUUCCACCAUAAAAACCUAGAGACCAUUAGAACUAAAUAUUUGUAUUGGGAUGAUUAUUUUGUAGCUACGCAAGCUGAACUGUCCGAUGAACAGAAACGGUGAUAUGAUGUUGAGUACUCCAUCCCCCAUGUCUCACUAGGAAGAAGUAAUCCUUUUAGACAAUGGCGGGAGGUGGGACCGUGGAUAAAACAAAUGAGUCAUCUCCACAGAUGGGAACCCACUGAACAACCCACUAUUCACUAUAAUGCAGGAGUAUAUGCAUUCCGAAUGACUCUGCUGUAUGUAAUUACGGCUAACAGAGCUUACCUCACCUCAUCAGAGUGUACCCUUGACUAAGUUUGUAGCAUUAGAAUUCAAGCAUGAUAAUUACCUGAGUGAGGUACCAGAUAUCUUAUGGGCUUAAGGGAAAAACGAUGUGGGAUUAAUCAAAAAUUGUGAGCCAGUGCAGAUUACGCCAAAGGGCGCAUACAGACCGAAACAACCCCAAUACCCAUUGAAAAAGGAGGCUAUAGAAGGUAUUAGGCUAGUAUUCCAAUCCCUUCAAGACGCCGGUGUAAUAAUACCAUGCCCAUCCUCACCUGUCCGUACCCCCAUAUUUCCUGUGAGGAAACCAGGGCGUGAUGAGUGGAGAUUUACAAGCAGUAAAUGCAGGAGUACAAGCAAGGGCGCCUGAAUUGCCAAAUCUGCACACCGUAUAAUCACAAAUACCACAUGACAGUCGAUGGUUCACCGUCGUGGAUCUUGCGAAUGCUUUCUUUAGUGUACCGGUACAUCCAGAUAGCCAGUUUUGGUUUGCUUUUUCCUUUGAAGGAAAACCCUACACGUUUACGCACCUCUGUCAGGGCUAUUGUGAAUUGCCAACCAUUUAUAAUGCAGCAUUAAGACAAAACUUAGAAGGUCUUACUCUUCCUGCAGGCACAACUCUGCUGCAAUAAGUGGAUGAUUUAUUAUUAGCAGCACCAACAGAGGAGUUGUGCAAGCAAGCCACUUUAUGCCUGUUGUAACGUUUAGCUGCAGAAGGGCAUAAAGCUAGUAGAGCAAAAUUACAGAACUGUAAAGAGGAAGUAACUUUCUUGGGGCAUAUUAUUAAAGGAAAUACACACAGGCUGUCUCACAACAGAGCACAAGCUAUAAUUUCGCUACCUAAACUGACCACAAAGAAACAGGUAUUGUCUUUCCUGGGCAUGUGUUCCUACUGUCGCAUGUUUAUUCCAUCCUAUGCAGAAUUGGAGGGACCGUUACAAGCCAUCAUUCCCACUAAAACCGGGAAUGUGAUGCAGCUGGCCUGGACCCCAGAGGUGGAAAAGGCAUUUGUAGAAUUGAAACAAGCACUACAACGCCUGCCUGCCCUAGGUUUACCAGAUCCCAACAAACCUUUCACUCAGAUGGUAGAUGGGAAAGGUGGUUAUAUGACUUCGGUUCUAUGCCAGAAACAUGGCACACAUCAAAGACUAGUAGCUUACUUCUCAGCAAAAUUAGACAUGGUAGCACGAGGGCUACCAGCCUGCCUCAGAGCAAUAGCAUCUGCCAAGAAGGCUAUACUAGCCUCAAGAGAUAUAGUGGCAUACUUCCCUCUUACUGUUUUAGUCCCACACGCAGUACACCGAAUACUGCAGGACCAAAGAGUGUCACACUUAUCAGCCCUGCGGUGGGUGCGAUACCACACUACCCUCUUAGACAUGCCUAACAUAACUGUCAAAAGGUGUAUAACACUGAACCCAGCUACACUCCUUCCUACGGAGGAGGAUGGAGAUCCACAUGACUGCACAGCAGUCUUAGCUGAAGUAUGUACACCGCGGGUUGAUCUCUUUGAAGAAGCCAUAAGUAACCCAGACCUAUGCCUCUAUGUGGAUGGGUCAGCAAGCAGGGAUGACACAGGGGUCAAUAGGGCAGCAUACGCUGUAGUAACAGAUCAUGAAAUACUUAAAACAGAAGUAUUACCAUCCUUCUAUUCAGCGCAGGCUACAGAACUAGUAGCACUGAUGGAAGCAUGCAAACUAGCUGCAGACAAAACUGUUAAUGUCUCUACUGAUUCCAGAUAUGCUUGGGGGGUAGUUCAUGACUUUGGAGCCAUAUGGAAACACAGGCAAUUCCUGAUGAGCUCAAGUAAAUAUAUUAAACAUCACCAUCUUGUAAAUACACUGCUAGAAGCCAUUUUGCUGCCAAAAACAAUUGUUAAGUGUGCAGCUCACAAGGCCACAGAAGAGCAAAUCAGCAAUGGGAAUAAUUUCGCAGACAGAGUAGCAAAGGCAACUGCAACUAAAACCACUGUGCAAGCAGUACAGGAAACAGCUACUACCCUGCAGGCCACAUUAUGGGAGAUUCAGUCAGGGGCUACCGCACCCGAACCAUUUCAACAUUGGCAGGUUGAUUUUGUUGAAUUAACCCAAGCAGCAGGUAAGAAGUAUAUGCUGGUGUGCAUGUGUAUGUUUAGCAAGCGGGUAGAAGCACAAACGGUAGCUAAAAUGUUCCUAAGGGAAAUCAUUCCUAGGUGGGGCCUACCAAAGCGUAUCUCAAGUGACAACGGCACACCAUUCGUACAUCAAGGGCUCAUAGAAUUAACCAAAUAUCUAGGUAUUGAUAUGAAGAAGCACUGCAGUUACCAGCCCGCUAGCGCAGGGGUGGUAGUGCGGGCUAACGGCAUUUUGAAAGCGGGAUUAGCAAAAAUGUGUCAACAGACAGGACAUAACUGGGCACAGUGGUUACCAUUAGUCCUGUGGCAAAUGUGAACUAGACCCCAAAAGCGCACAAUGCUUAGUGCCUUUGAGACGGUAUUUGGCAGACCACCCAAUAUGGGUGUAGGGCCUCCACUGACAGAUAAUGCACUCCUAACUGAUUCUAUAGUACAGUAUUGCAUGUCAUUGCACCAUGCUCUGUCAGUUGUAUCCAAACGGGUGCAAGCUCUCCUGCCAAGCCCUGCAGACAAGCACCUUCAUGAUAUCGCUCCAGGCGACUGGGUGUUGGUGAAAGACCUCAGACGAAAGAAGUGGAACCAAACACGGUGGACAGGACCACACUAAGUCCUGUUAACAACCCACACUGCUGUCAAAAUAGAAGGACGAGGAACCUGGAUACAUCACACACACUGUAAGAAGGCUCCCACACCAGCCCCAACUCCAAGCAGCAGCACCCCAACAGACUAGAUCGGAACUGUGUUGAGUAGGGUGUUGAAGGCAAGGCCUACCAUUUCGACACUUGGAACCAUCAAGAAAUCUAUAAGAUGGGUGUGUCGGUGCUUGUGAUACUUGGGGUCUGGCAUAGUGUCCACUUGAGUACAUCCGAACGUAUAACCUGGGAUACCACUUCCUCCGGUUAUUGGACCAGGAUAAACAACGGCUAUUUUAGCACCUCUAACAAGGAACAAAUCCCAUGGUAUCAAGCCUUCAAUAAGCCAGUGCAGCAGACAAUUACAGGUCACCUAAGAGAAAACACCACAAAGCAGUGUCAAAUCAUUAGGGUUCCGUCUGCUUCUUAUGAUUAUUCUGCAAACAGAAAAUAUGUAUGGGACAUCAGAACUGAUAGCGAAGUUAAACAAUCAGUCAAUCUUACUACUGCCAAUGCGCCCGGGGAUGGAAAUGCCAUUCAGGUAACGUUACGAGGAAACUGGAAUAUGGCUAAUCCCAAUGGUAGCUAUCUGUGCUGUAUAGAAAGGGUGGGGGCUGACAUUUGUGCACCACUGACACAGAUAGCACUGCCACGUAGAGAAAAUCACACACAGCUAACACAGGCAGAACAUAGACUGCAUAUUACUAUGGACAAAGAAUCCUAUGACUUAUUCAAAGAAUUGUUACCAUUUCAGGGCCCCAACACCACUGAGGCAGAACGAUUAGCAGCUAAAUGCCAACACAAUACAGCGUGUAUGCCAGCCUUUGUGCAUGCCCAACAUAUCGAGCAAGAGUGCCUGGUGUGCCAGCACACCGGUGUUCCAUGGACUGUAAUCCCUCUGAAAAACGCAGUGAAUAUGACAAUCUCUAGGUGCCAGGUUAUUAACUAGACCUCAAACUGUUCCAAUCCCACUAACCCUGCACCACCAAAAAUUAUGCUGCAUGUGGCAGCUAGAAAGGGUGAGAAACGUGUAUGCCAGAUGAAGCAGCAGGUGCUGGUAGGUUGGUCCAGAUGCAUCAACUAUGUGCAGGUGCACAGCAAUGGCAAAUGCAGUGACUCUAAUAGCAGUUCCCUGUGGAAUUGCUCCAUGUCAACCCUGCAGGGGUAUCGGAAUGUAAUGUGGGUCUGUGGUUCGGUGGCCUAUGGUGAAUUGCCACAGAAUUGGACUUAUUGUUGUUAUCCAGCUAUAGUGCGCCCAAGGAUGCAGGUGUUUACACUUCCCUAUGCCAAGCAGCACAGGGCGAAGAGAGACAUAUCCAGCACAGACUAUCAUGGUAGAAUCCUGAGGGACCCAUGGACUACUCCGGGGCAAACUUUUGGCUGAACUUUGGUUCCAGGACUGAGGACCGUAGCAGCCUUUCAAAAGAUCAAUGGGUUAGCUUAUCAGUUACUGCAAGUAGUUAAUGACACCUCAGCAGCUAUAGGGCACCUUUAAGGCACUUAAAGCUAGAAAAACAAGCGAUAAGGGCAGCAGUGCUUCAACAUACAAUGGUAUUAGAUCUCCUAACCAUGAAGGAAGGAGGGGUGUGUAAAAUGAUUAACACUUCCUGCUGUUUUUACAUUCCAGAUCUCAGCGCUAAUAUUACUGAUAUGAAUCAUAUGCGAUCUGCCAUCACUCCGCCGCCUACAGUUCCAGGUGGAUUCUGGGACUGGCUGAUGGCCUGGUUGGGCAGUUGGGCAGCAAACCUAGCGGCUGUAGCGUUGCCCAUUCUGCUACCCAUUCUUCUUCUUCUUCUUCUUCUUCUUCUUCUUCUUCUUCUUCUUCUUCUGUGUUUACCUCCUUUUUUGUCACUGUGUGUCAGACGUCUUUCUAGUGUGUUCACCACGCCAGCUCUCAGCAGUCAUGCCAAUGACCAACCCCAUGUCUGUGAAGACAUUCCGCUCCCCAAGACGGGCGGUGCUGGUGACCCACAUGAAGACAUCGUAGUGUUAUUUGCUGAAUGAAUGUGUGAUAUAGAAUCAAAGGGAGAGAUGUUGUGGAAAUUUACUUUGCUUUCUGUUACUUUGCUUUCUGUUUCUAUAGUCACAGCAUAACAGUCUGCAGAUAAGCGCAUGAGUCAGGGACACCAGCUGCCCACAUACUGUUCUAACCAUAGAGAUAGAAGAAGCCUUCAGCGCUCAGGCUAACCAAAACAUGAAUUAGCAGAUACUCUGUAGGAGUCGUUUUUCUUUUUUUCUUUUUCUUCUGUUCUGUGUAUUAGGGGAGGGGGACCGUACUGCGGGUCAGUUCUCUUACUCUGUUAUACAGGGGACAGAACUCAAUAAACUUUGCAUUUUUACUA